ACCGAGGGCGCAUGCGCAACGGCAGCUACCGCUACUCAGUCUCCGCAGAGCUGGGGCGGGAGUAGCGGGUGGGCCCCGUAGAGCCGCCGAACUUCCGGGACUCGGCCGUGACCCCUUCCCGGCUUCCGGUCCGCUCUGCCGCAUUGGUUGUCUCAGCGGGCUGAUUCGGGACAAACCACACGACCCAGGGGCCGAUGCGAGUGUGGAAAGGGGAGCACUCCUCUCGUGGUCGCCUGGAGGGGCGCUGGAGGAGGGGGUGACGUAUCCAGGGACUCGAGGUCGGCUGCGGUAAUGAUCCACGAACUGCUCUUGGCUCUGAGCGGGUACCCUGGGUCCAUUUUCACCUGGAACAAGCGGAGUGGCCUGCAGGUUUCGCAAGACUUCCCUUUCCUUCACCCCAGUGAGACCAGUGUCCUGAAUCGACUUUGCCGGCUCGGCACAGACUAUAUUCGCUUUACUGAGUUCAUUGAACAGUACACCGGCCAUGUGCAACAACAGGAUCACCAUCCAUCUCAGCAGGGCCAAGGUGGGUUACAUGGAAUCUACCUGAGGGCCUUCUGCACGGGACUGGAUUCUGUUUUGCAGCCUUACCGCCAAGCACUACUUGAUUUGGAACAAGAGUUCCUGGGUGAUCCCCAUCUCUCCAUAUCACAUGUCAACUACUCCCUAGACCAGCGAACUUCGACAUCAAAUUGCCAUAGGAUACUGGAUCUUGACUGUUGUGUGUUCCAGCUUCUUUUUCCCUCUGUGAUGGUCGUAGUAGAACAAAUUAAAAGUCAAAAGAUUCAUGGUUGUCAAAUCCUGGAAACAGUCUACAAACACAGCUGUGGGGGGUUGCCUCCUGUUCGAAGUGCUCUGGAAAAAAUCCUGGCCGUUUGCCAUGGGGUCAUGUAUAAACAGCUCUCAGCCUGGAUGCUCCAUGGACUCCUCUUGGACCAGCAUGAAGAAUUCUUUAUCAAACAGGGUCCAUCUUCUGGUAAUGUCAGUGCCCAGCCAGAAGAGGACGAGGAGGAUCUGGGCAUUGGGGGACUGACAGGAAAACAACUGAGAGAACUCCAGGACUUGCGCCUGAUAGAGGAAGAGAACAUGCUGGCACCAUCUCUGAAGCAGUUUUCCCUGCGAGUGGAGAUUUUGCCAUCCUACAUUCCAGUGAGGGUUGCCGAAAAAAUCCUGUUUGUUGGAGAAUCUGUCCAGAUGUUUGAGAAUCAAAAUGUGAACUUGACUAGAAAAGGAUCCAUUUUGAAAAACCAGGAGGACACUUUUGCUGCAGAGCUGCACCGUCUCAAGCAGCAGCCACUCUUCAGCUUGGUGGACUUUGAACAGGUGGUGGAUCGCAUUCGCAGCACUGUGGCUGAGCAUCUCUGGAAGUUGAUGGUAGAAGAGUCCGAUUUACUGGGUCAGCUGAAGAUCAUUAAAGACUUUUACCUUCUGGGACGUGGAGAACUGUUUCAGGCCUUCAUUGACACAGCUCAACACAUGUUAAAAACACCGCCCACUGCAGUAACUGAGCAUGAUGUGAAUGUGGCCUUUCAGCAGUCAGCACACAAGGUAUUGCUAGAUGAUGACAACCUUCUCCCUCUGUUGCACUUGACAAUUGAGUAUCACGGAAAGGAGCACAAAGCAGAUGCUACUCAGGCAAGAGAAGGUCCUUCUCGGGAAACUUCUCCCCGGGAAGCCCCUGCAUCUGGCUGGGCAGCCCUAGGUCUUUCCUACAAAGUACAGUGGCCACUACAUAUUCUCUUCACCCCAGCUGUCCUGGAAAAAUACAAUGUUGUUUUCAAGUACUUAUUGAGCGUGCGCCGGGUGCAAGCUGAGCUGCAGCACUGCUGGGCCCUACAAAUGCAGCGCAAGCACCUCAAGUCCAACCAGACUGAUGCGAUCAAGUGGCGCCUAAGAAAUCACAUGGCAUUUUUGGUGGAUAAUCUUCAGUACUAUCUCCAGGUAGAUGUGUUGGAGUCUCAGUUCUCCCAGCUGCUUCAUCAAAUCAAUUCUACCCGAGACUUUGAAAGCAUCCGAUUGGCUCAUGACCACUUCCUGAGCAAUUUGCUGGCUCAAUCCUUUAUCCUAUUGAAACCUGUAUUUCACUGCCUGAAUGAAAUCCUAGACCUCUGUCACAGUUUUUGUUCGCUGGUCAGUCAGAACCUAGGCCCACUGGAUGAGCGUGGAGCUGCCCAGCUGAGCAUUCUCGUGAAGGUGCGUCUGCCUGGAAGUAUGCAGCCUUGCCGAAAGGAUAGAGGUGGUUUUGCCAAUGGAGAAUUCAUGAUCUUUCCUCUGAAUCAUUACAACAUAUCCUCAAUACACACACACACACACAGAAAUAGGAUACAAAGAUUAAAAUGUUGGUAUCAGUUGAUUUUGAAGCAGGUAAUUACUGUGCCACCUCACAGUGCUCAAAAGUAGCUCAGUCCUGAAUAGUUUAUUCAGCCCACCAAAUAAGCACUGGCUUUGUUCUAACUUCCUCACAUCCUACCCCUCCUUACUUCGUUGAACUAACUAAAGCCCAUCUCACUGCGAUAAUUAUCUGCUUGUAAUCAAAACGGGUUUUCCCCAACCUCAGUACUUGACAAAAUAUGUUAACUGGAAACCAGCUACUAGAUUCCUACUGAUGAAAGCGUACUUUCAUAGGAAGUCAUGCAUGUAUGGAUUUGGUACAAGUCAUUUUAGGAACUAACAGAAAUAGGAAUGUGGGAAGGCCAGGUGGUUCUAUAUAAUUUUGAACAAGGCUUUUCCAAGAACCCCUCCCUUCCGCCCCCAUCCUCCAUAUGGAGAGUUGUUGAGUUGAAGUGGAAUGAUAACUGAGUCCUUCUGUCUGCAGGGCUUCAGCCGCCAGUCUUCACUCCUAUUCAAGAUUCUCUCCAGUGUUCGGAAUCAUCAGAUCAACUCAGAUUUGGCUCAACUACUGUUACGACUAGAUUAUAACAAAUACUAUACCCAGGCUGGUGGAACGCUGGGCAGGUAGGAGCAACCCUUGGGUAACUCAGUAGACUUUUUUGGGUGUCUUUUUAAUGAGUUAUAGAAUUCUAGAGCAGGAAGGAGACUUUAGCCAUGAUGUAGUCCAAAUACCCUCAUUUUAUACACGAGGCUCAGAGAUAGAGUGUGACCAUCUUUAAUAAUUUUAAUGAAGAUUAUUUUCUAGUAAAAGUCGUCAUCAUCAGAUGCUAAAAAACCUGACAAUGAGAUAGGUGUUCAGUUCUUUGCUAGGUUAUAUAUUGCUGUGCUAGGGGUGGGUGUGUGCCUUUCAUUCCCAAUUCUAACAUGAACUAGCUGUGCGCUGUUGGCACCCCACCUUGCUUGUCCCUAGCCUCUACAUCUGUGAAAGGAGGGACCACCCUUUCUAACUCUAAACUUUAAAAAAAAAAUCUGAUAGUGACAUUCAGUGGUAGCAGGCUUCCCAGAGGUCUGUCAGUUUUAUUGACCUUUCUCUCUCUAAAAUGUCCACAAGCAGAUUCUUUCCUAAGCUUUUUUAGCAGAAUAGUUGGGAGAAACUCGUGAGUUUUAAGAUGACAUUAUUUAGAUCACAGGUUGUCCUAAUUCAUAUUUCUUUGAAGGUAGUAUUGGGAAAGCAUAAUACUUAAUAAGGCUUUCUUUCUUUUUUGUAGUUUCGGGAUGUGAAAAGCUCUGACUCAUAAACUGAAGUAACAGUAAAUCCCACCUCAUUCCCAAGGUUGUAACAGAAGAUUCAAAACAAACAUCCCAUUCUAGCUACACACAAAUAACUGCAGCCUAGUGGUAAGACUCUACCUAUCCCUAGAAGCAGUUACUGAACAUCCAGGGGUACAAAUCCUUCCCAUCAUUCCCAUGUGGAAGGGUCUGGCCGAUCAAGGAGAAUAUGUGGCAUCUCUGAUACUUUACACUGAGAAAAUAUGCUGGAUAUGUUCUUUUAUUUAAUAGUGAUUUAUUGAGCACCUACUAUGUGCCUUGGUACUGUUCAAGCUGUGGGAGAUACAGCAGUAAACAAUACAAAGCAGAAAGUUAACUAUUUUAUGUUUCAUAUGUGAACAAGUAACUGUAUUUAUAAACAGGUUAACUGCUGGAUGUUACCACCAAGUAAGAAAGGAACAGGUAAGACAGGCUUUCUCUCUCCCUAUAUACCAAGUAAUUUAUACCUACACAGAUUGGACAAUUCUAGCUAAUGAAAAUAUAUUUAAAGUAUUUCCUAGGUCAGGUGUGGUGGCUCACACUGUAAUCCCGGCACUUUGGGAGGCCGAGGCAGGUGGAUCACCUGAGGUCAGGAGUUCAAGACCAGCCUGACCAAUAUGAUGAAACCCUGUCUCUACUAAAAAUACAAAAAUUAGCCAGGCGUGGUGGCAUGCACCUGUAAUCCCAGCUACUCAGGAGGUUGAGACAGGAGACUCACUUGAACCUGGGAGGCAGAGGUUGCAAUGAGCCAAGAUCACACCAUUGCACUCCAGCCUGGGCAACAAGAGCGAAACUCCAUCCCCCGCCCCCCCCCCACCAAAAAAAAGUAUUUUUUAUUCUCCAAGAAAAAGGUUCUUAAAUAAAAACUGAGAUCAAGUUGUUAGGUUUUUAAAUACUGAAGACUGCAGGCCCAAUUACCCAUCUUACACAAGCCAUAGGAGUUGAAGUUAUCUUAAUAUGGCCCAGCCAUCACUGGUAAUAUUCAUAUCAGUGUGAGUAAAUAAAUAUUCGUUUAACAACUCCCUCCAAA